CCGAGGACGUACCUGAGUACCUCUUACCGAGUUCUUCCCUGCUACUUUCUCUCCCCCGUGUCUGGAGAGCUAGCCCAAGCACAAGUGCAAAAGGAGUGAGUCUCCGUCUCUCGCCCGAGCAUGUCGUCCAAGGCCUCGCUGCAGAGGACUGGUGACUCGGCAUUCAAGCGCAUGGAUCAUGUGUCGUCCGAGCUGUUUACCCUCACCUACGGAUCGUUGGUCCUGCAGCUGAUCGAAGACUUUGAAGACUAUGCCGAGGUCAACAACCAGCUGGAGCGGAUGGGGAACAACAUCGGCCAGCGGCUGAUCGAGGAGUUCCUGGCCAAGUCACGGGUGAGCAAGUGCGGCGACUUUGCAGAGACCUGCGAGGUCAUUGCCCUCGUCGGCUUCCGCAUGUUCCUCGGAGUGACAGGCACCGUGAGCCAGUCGGCUAAGGAGCCACACGUCUGCCACAUCACCCUCGCCUCCAACCCGCUGCUCGACUUUGUCGAGCUUCCCGAUGAGGCCAAGGGCGUCCUGCAAUACUCGAACAUCCUCGUCGGCGUCCUCAAGGGCGCGCUGGAGAUGGUCCAGAUGCGGGUCGACGUCGAGGUCGUCCACGACCCGCUCGUCGGGGAUGAGGCCACAGAGCUCAAGCUCACCCUGCUGGAGAUCAUCAACGACGAGCCACCUCCGGACGACGAGUAGUGUAAACGCCGCUGCACUCGCUACA